AUGCGUAUUCCUACAGAAGCUGAAAUUGAGCGUUUUUCUCAGCUGAAAGUCUUCAACGGGGAAAGUAGCAAAGCAGACGAAAAGCGCGCAGAAUUCCUGAGUUUUAGAGAAGCUGUGGUAAAAACACCACCGGGCUCAUUGGCACUGGAAACGAUCUUGUCGUUUGGUACGCGCCAUGCUGAUACCAUUGCAAAGAUAUCACUGGAAAAUUCGAUGAGAUCUGAUCAUAAACCUUGGUCGUUUACGGUGGUAUCAGCUCAUUUGGUGCAGAUGCUGAUUGACAUUCUUCAUAUUAUUAAUGAACCAGGUAUCCUAUUUUUUUUUUUUUUUGCUUUAGAACAGAGAAGCUUAAGCACAGUGGAAGCGCAUUUUUUUACAGAAGGAGAAAGGUUGAUGGUUUUGUUAUUCAAAAGCGAUCGGCCAUUUCUGGAUCUGUUUGCGGUAUUGGUGAGACUUUUCCAUCGAACAUGGCGUGAAAUGCACGCAAGUGAUGAGGAUAUCAAAAAGGUUUUGGCUGUUGUCAGAAAGCAAAUGGAUGUCUGUUUGCUGGAAAAACCUGAGAGUAUUGAAAAAUUAGAAGAAUUGCUAGCUGUGCAUUCAUAUCCGCAUAUGAAGAAAUUGUGGGAAGAUGAAAGGAGCGCAAAGGAAGCGGAAGAAUUGCAAAGCGACGCUGUUAAGGAGUUACGCGAGUAUCUCCGACCAAUUGCUGUGGCAGACAUACAGCGCGUAAUAGCCGGUGGCGAAGGAGAUUUUCCGAUGAGUGGAACGAAGAGCAAGAAAAAUGCAAAUGUGCGUGGCCUGACACUGCAAGUUGGCGAAAAACCUGACUUGUACCACUUAAUCACUUCUGACGAGCAAACGAUUAGCGCCUGGUGUGAUGGCAUUAAUGCUCUGAUUGGUAAUUUACGUUUUUAUAAACUUAUUUUGAUAAUUUCAAAUAAUGGAAUAAAAGAUAAGGAAUUGGUCUAA